AUGCUGAGGAACAGUCGACAGAUCGCCAAUUCGUUGUGGCCGUCAAGAAUUUCAAACGAGGAAUACGCAACGAGAAGAACGAAUCUGCUGAAAAUUCUGAAGAAAGAAGUGAAAACGGGAGGUUGGACACUGAUCGAAUUCUGAAGAGAAAUUGAGAAUAUUGUAGAGAAACACGUGGUGGUCGUGAUGAAAGGAGCGAGAAAAUCCUUUAUUGCUCCGGAUGUGCCGCACGCAUUCCGACAGAAAAGCCAUUUCAGGUGAGCCACGAGCCCCUUCCGUUCCCAGUCAACUCUCGAUUGUUCAGGUAUCUGAGUGGAGUCACUUCGCCCGAUUGCUACUACAUCGUACACUCAGGGACCACGUCGAACAAUGAAAAUUCAAUUCUUCUCGCUGACCGGCGAUCCGCGUACGAGGAGCUUUGGGAGGGAAAACUGCCGAGCGAGGAAGAGUGGGAACAAACCGCCCGAUUCAGCGAACUCGAGCCCACGAACCGAUUGAUGCAGACGCUGGAGAAGCUGUGCGACAAAGGGACCGCCGUGUUCUUCGACCCGAAAUCGGACGAUGUUCUGAAUAAGUUUCUGCAGAUGAAGGCUUCUUCCGUGAGGGAUCUCAAUCCGUUCGUUAGUGCCGUUCCCACUGCUAUUUCUUGGUUUUUAAUACCUGUUUAGAUAGAGCGAUUGCGAGUGAUCAAAUCGGAAAACGAAAUGGACUCUAUGCGUGACGUGUGCACUCUCGGAGCACAAACGAUGUCAGCGAUGAUAUCGGGAGCGAAGAAUCUGCACAACGAAAAUGCGAUUUGUGGGCUCUUGGAGUUCGAAGGAAGGCGGAGAGGGUCGGAAAUGCAGGCGUAUCCGCCUGUGAUUGCCGGCGGUGCCCGCGCGAACACCAUCCAUUAUUUGAAUGCGAACUGCGAUUUGCACCCGAGCCAAUGUGUUCUGGUCGACGCCGGAUGCGAUUUGAACGGCUACGUUUCCGAUGUCACACGAUGCUUUCCAAUCUCCGGACAGUGAGUUCCCCGAGCCCACUUGAAAUAUUUCGCCUUUUCAGUUGGUCCGACGCUCAACGGUCUCUUUACGAAGCUCUUCUCUACGUGCACGAGGAACUCCUCAGCUACGCGCACAACGCGGAACGGGUCAAACUGAGUGCUCUUUUCCGCCGCAUGAACGAAUUGAUAGCUGCGAGCAUGUCGGAACUCGGAUUGAUCAAAUCGAAGGAUGGCAAGGAGAUGCUACAAGCUGCCGAGCAGCUGUGUCCGCAUCACGUCAGCCACUACCUCGGGAUGGAUGUGCACGACUGUCCGUCCGUCUCCAGGGAUAUCGAACUUCCCGCCAACGUUGUGUUCACAAUCGAGCCGGGAGUUUACGUUCCCAAAGAUUGGUCAGUCGAAGAGUUCCGUGGCAUCGGAUAUCGAAUUGAAGACGACGUGGCAACCAGUGCGUCCGGAGGAAUUGAACUGCUGACAGCGGCCGUGCCCCGGGAUCCCGUGGAAGUUCAGAGACUCAUGGGAACUGCCGAGUGAAUGCAAUUUCUGAUCAGCUGCCGCCACUAGUGCUUCUAGGUUUUCCUACGUGUUCCCGUUCCUGUUUUUACUUGCUAAUUUAGUAUUUAGAGAUUCCGUUAUUUCUAUUUUACCACUUUGUUUUCUGAAAUAAAAAAAAAUGUCCUCAGAAAAGAAGAAAGAUGACCUGCAACCAGAGGAGACACAAUCUUCGGAAAAAGAGACGACAGUAAGUGAGGAAACGAAGCAAACGGAUCGGAACAUCGCACUGGAGAACUUGGCGAACACUCCGAUCCAGUUGGUCGUGCAGCCGACGCCUCUGACUUGCGCCCCCACGCCCGACACUCCGAUCGAGCAAGAGAAGAAGAGGGAGGCGAAGCAGAAGGCGAUGCUGGUGGAAGUGGCGAGCGACGAAGUGGGAAGAGUCGAGAAUAACAUCGACAAUCUGCCCUUCUACCACGGCUUCAUGGGCAGGACGGAGAGCGAAGCGAUGCUGAGACACCACGGAGACUUUUUAAUUCGGAUGACCGAGAUCGGGAAGAGAGUCGCGUACGUGAUCAGCAUCAAGUGGCACAAACAGAACGUGCACAUUCUGGUGAAAAGAACAAAAACGGUGAGGGAACGGAAGGAAUGGGCGGAAGGGAGAGAGAGUUGCAGAAGAAGUUGUACUGGACGAACAAGUACGCGUUCACCUCGGUCUGCGAAUUGAUUGCGUACCACAAAAGGAACCACAAACCGAUUUACGAGGAUAUGGUGUUGAUUUGUGGACUGGCGAGACACGAGUGGCAAUUGAAUAACGAGCAGGUGACACUCAACAAGAAACUGGGCGAGGGACAGUUCGGAGAAGUUCACAAAGGAUCACUCAGAGUAAGUAGGGAUAGGAAGAGGAGAUUCAAGAAAGGGUUUCAGACUUCCCUGUUCACUUCCCCGAUCAUUGUGGCCGUGAAGACGUUGCACCAGAAUCACCUGUCCGCCAACGAGAAGAUUCUUUUCCUGAGAGAAGCCAAUGUGAUGCUCACUUUAGCUCACGUAACGAACAAUCGGUCAAUUGUGUCAUCCAAACAGAGUUUCAGCCCAAUGUGAUCAAGUUUUACGGAGUUUGCACAAUGAAAGAGCCGAUAAUGAUUGUGAUGGAGUUCUGCGACGGGAAGAGUCUCGAGGAUGCGCUGCAGUCGGCGGAGAAGGUGUCCGCCGAAGACAAGGUACUGUACCUGUUCCACGCGGCAUGCGGCAUCGACUAUCUGCACGGAAAACAGGUCAUUCACAGAGACAUCGCCGCGAGAAACUGUCUGCUGAACUCGAAGAAAACGGUUGGAAAGAAUUCGAUGAGAAUCCACAUAGUUUUCGCUUUCAGCUGAAGAUUUCCGAUUUCGGAUUAUCAGUGAAAGGAGUGGCAAUUAAGGAAAGGAAAGGAGGAUGUCUUCCGGUAAAGUACAUGGCUCCGGAAACCCUGAAGAAGGGACUGUACAGUACUUCUUCUGAUGUGUACAGGUUAGGUCGGAUCAGACACUUAAGAGAGAACUGUUAUUAUUUAGUUACGGGGCACUCAUCUACGAAGUGUACACGGACGGCAAGACUCCAUUCGAAACGUGCGGACUGAAGGGAAACGUUCUCCGAAAGGCAAUCAUCGGGAUGACGGUCACUUUGAGCCUCGACGUGGAAGUUCCCCCGUUCAUCGCGACGGUCUUCCAGCAGAGCCGGCAGUACGAGACGGAGGAUCGGAUGACGGCUCGGCAGAUCAUAGACACCUUCAAAGCGGUAAUGGAUCCUCGUUGAUCCUUCCGAUCCGACGCUGAUCUUUGCAGGAAUCGGGACUCCGGGAAGCCGAGAUUGGAGGUCUCUUCCACCGAAUCGCCAGCGUGUUCCUCCGUCGGCAGCAAGUUCUCGCCUGA